UGAUGUUGGAUUCCGAAUUUCUUUGCCUGCUGAAUAAAUGACUGAAAAGAACAAAAAAUAAAUAUAGACAUGAAUUGCAGCACAACUCUAUACAUAAACGGAAUUUAAAAAAUAAAACAGCAUGUAUUAGGGGCAGUAACACAACAUAGUGUAUAUUAGAAAGAGUCAAGAGUGCAUUCCACUUCAGACAUUCAUUGGAAACAUACUGACAGUUUGAAGAGCAACUCAUGAAUCAGGAAAUUUGAAUAAAAGGAAGGGUGUAAAUGAUGCCUGCCUGUUGUAUUAGACGUGGCUCCAUCUCAAUAUGAGCAUUAAACAGCAGUAGUAGAAGGAAUGAAGAGUUCACAGUUAAUGAUUAAAUAGCAACAAGUGCAGCUAAUCUCGCAGAGCGCUGGUAUAAAUGUAGAGACUUUUGCUUCCUAUUUUGUUUACUUCAAGGUCUCUAAUUUGAGCAUCAUGUGUGGCCCAUUCAAGGGCUGUCAGGGCAUUUUGCGCCUUUUGGAAAUAAUCUUCAGUGCUUUAUCUCUCAUCAUUGUCAUCUUCAGAGGCAGGAUGGUGAGUCCAUGGGGUGUCUGGUGUGAGUUUGUGUGGGUUUUCUGCAUUACUGUGCCCCUGGUCCUGAGCGUGGUGGAGGCCAAAAUGUGGCACAUCCUCCUGGCUGCCUUCCUCCCCAACUGGGCUGACCUGACAUGCGGGCUGACCACCCUGUGUGCUGUGAUGAUCACCUCAGCCACGGUCAUCUUUGCAGCCGUUUUUGUCUGCCUCUCCUGCAUCGUCAACAUCUUGUGCUUCAUCUUCUCCCUGGCUGCCACAGUUGUUUUCCUGAUUGACGCUGUAAUGCAAAAGAAGAUGUUUCCAAGCGGCUACCUGUCCAGCCUGAGAGGAGGUCUCCGCACAAUAGAGGCCUUUAUGGCUUGUAUUAUUCUCACUGCUGCCACUGACCACUUUGUAAGUGGUGAAUGGUCCUUUCGCCCUUUUGGGAUGAUAUGCAGCAUCAUUGUGUUUGCUAUUUGCCUCCUGAUCACUGUGGUCAUCAUAGUUCUCCAUCUGCUCAAGCUGCUGCAGUGUCUACUCUCAUUCAGGCUGAGUUUGAUGGAGCUUGUGUUCAACAUUGUAGCAGUGCUGCUGUACCUGCUCGCUGUCAUUCAUUGGUCCAUCUUUGGUUACAAACGCAAAAACUACAAUCCUUACAUCUGUGACAAGUGUUCCUUUGUAGACAUGAAUACUGUUAACAUUGGAGCCACUGUCAAUCUUGUCUUUUACAUUGUGGACCUGGUUUUAUCCUUCAAAUCUCGCUAGAAAAGUAGACGUGACAUGUACUUACAGAUUAAGAUGAAAACACUGAUUUGCUUGUGUUGCAUGGUUUCAUUUGUUUGAGGUUAAUUUAUUUAAUGAGGAAAAUAUUUAAUGGACAGUAGCUGUUUAUAUGUACCGUAUGUUGCCCAAAAUCAUGUGAACUAUUAGUCAGUUUUAUCUACAUAAAAUCCUGCAUUGCAGUAUACAAGUGUUAAAGUCAGCAGGUGACAAUAUGAUAUAAAUAUAAUUGUUUUUAUGUCAUAUCGUUUUGCAUACUUAAUUCUCAAAGGUUACUACAUUUCAAAAUUAAGUUAUUAAAUGUACCUUCAUGAUGAAAACAUGCCUUUUUUAUUUUUAGGUAUUUCUUGUCAAAUUAAAAUGACUAGAGG